AUGCCACCGCACACAACCGAGAGCCCCGCCAAGAAACAGAGCAAAUGGUCCCCGGAGGAGGACGCGCUGAUUAUCGAACUACGCGGCAGUGGUAUGAAGUGGGAGGACAUCUCGAAGCGGCUCCCCGGGCGCAGUGCGAUUAGUUGUCGCCUGCACUACCAGAACUACCUCGAGAGACGGAGUGAGUGGGACGAGGAGCGCAAGAACAAGCUUGCGCGCUUGUACGAGAGGUUCAAGCCGGAAAUGUGGGCCAAAGUGGCAGAGGAGAUGCAAGUCCCAUGGCGAGCCGCCGAAGCGAUGCACUGGCAGCUGGGCGAGGCCGACAUGGCGCGGCGGGCGGGCGUCGUGCCCUUCUCGCUUACGUCGGUCAACAUGCAGCAGGACAACACCCGGCAGUCACCAACCAGGGGCCACAUGCACUCCCACUCGCAGGGAAGCAUGCCGAGGAGCGACCCGCACCUGCUGAGCCGAUACGCGCAUCGCGGAGGCACGCCUCACCUUGCUCAGCCGCCGCCGCCGCCGCAGCAGCAGCAGCAGCAACUGCCACCGCAGCACCAUCACCAACACCCUCCACCGCCACACACGCUGACGAUCCCCCCGCCCGUACCGACGAUACCGCCGCCGGGGUCUGCUGGACGUGGUCCACUGCCGCCGAGAAGGGAGAGUCUGCCGCCCCGACAACCCCCCGGCGACCUGUACGACCACGUCCUUCCCGCUCCGGGGCCGGGACUGGCGCCCAUUCAGACGCCCGGCGGCAGGGAGCGGGGCGGGACAGGGGCAAUGCACCUGCCAAGCGUGGCCGAGCUGACGACAGGCGUCAGCCCAUACUCGACCCCUGCCUACUCGCUGAGCCGUGCCAGCGCGAGCCCAAGCGCGACGGCCAGCCCGAGACAGACUGCGUUGCAGGCCUCGCCUCUGGGCUAUGGGGAGUCCAGCAGCAUCGGAGGAGGCGGGCCGGCCACUCCAGGGUCUGGCAAGAGGGGGCGGUCAAGUCCGGACGCCGGGAGGGAGGCGAUCAGGAGGCGGCACUAA